GAAUGAAACUCAAGAAUUUUACAUUUUGCUUUUUGCACAUAUUUUCAAUGGAUCUUUGUUCAUCCAGGUCUUGGAUGAUACUCCAAACUGUGCCAAACAGGAUGCCAAGCUUCUGAACACGCUACUUUCAACUGCAGAAGUCUCUUCCAAGCUUGCUAGGGUAACGUGUUUACUCGGGCGACCAAAGUGAUUCGAUGUCAUGAUUCGUUAAUGGUUACCUCUAAUGGGUUGAUGUUGCUCUUUGCCCAUUCUGCUACCUAAACCCUGAACCUGCACGUGGAAUUAGGACACAUGCUGAAGAGGAUGACGAUAACGUUGCUCGCACAUAGACCUAUGUACAGCAUUUCUCCGUCAAGCAGCGUGCUUUUGUCAAAUGUAGUGAGGAACAGUUUGUUUCUGCCUAUCGGUGGGGAGCAACUGGGAAUCGGCAGAGGUUCCCACCUUAAUGUGUUUGAGGGUAGCAGACGAUUGUUUCUUUCUCAGCGCAAUGCAAGCUCCACGAGUCGGGAGGGGUUGGCAGACGUGAUGCGUGUCAAGGAGGCACUGGAGUCGGAGACCGGAAUUGGGAAAGACGAAGCCUUAGAUUGCGUGCGCGAAGAAGAUCAUGAAGCUUCAAAACACAAGGCAAAAUUGGAAGGUGGUCUUUACCUCGUUGCAACACCCAUUGGUAACCUUGAAGACAUGACUUUUCGUGCAGUGCGCGUACUUAAAUCUGCAGAAGUAAUACUUGCCGAGGACACCAGACAUUCAGCAAGGCUUUUGCAGCAUUACAAUAUCACGACUCCUAUGAUGAGCUACCACAAGUUCAACGAGUUUGCAAGACGUGAUGCCAUUAUACAACGCUUGAAACUUGGUGGAAUACUAGCCCUUAUAAGCGAUGCAGGGAUGCCCGGCAUUAGCGAUCCUGGCACUGAACUUGUGAAGGCAUGUGUAGAAUCCAACGUGCGUGUGCAUCCCGUUCCUGGUGCUUCUGCUGUUAUCACUGCCCUAGUUGCCUCUGGUUUACCAACAGAAGUGUUCACUUUUGUUGGGUUUUUACCAACGCAGGCAACUUCUAGGAGGAAGAUACUUGCAUCUGCAUCCAAACAGACGGCCACUCAGAUAUUUUACGUCUCUCCUCACAAGUUAAACAAGACUUUGGAUGACUGUGUGUCUGCUUUUGGACCAUCACGGCAUUGUGUGGUGGCAAGAGAGAUGACCAAAUUUCAUGAAGAGUUCUGGCGAGGAACUCUGCAGCAAGCCCGAAAGGAGUUUGAAGAACGAAAUCCACGUGGGGAGAUGACAUUGGUGAUUGAAGGACUGUCAGAGAGCGCUGCUGACGAGCUACCCACCGAGGAAGAUGUUAAAGCAGAACUGCGUGCUCUUUUGGAUUCUGGUGUUAGUCCGUCUGAGGCUAGCAGGCAAGUAGUGGAAGGGACAGGCAUGCGGAGGAAGAUGGUGUAUGCGCUGGCUUUGAAAUUAUCAAAGACCGAGUGAUUCAAGCUCUACUAGUUCUAUUUUUAGAAUAUCCUACUGAAUCAAUAAUUGCAGAAAAGUAUAACUGUAUUUUUACCUGCGUUCAGUUAUAGCCAAUGUCAAAGCAGACUUUUUGAUUGGUAUGCAGCUGAAAACAUAGCUGUUGGUGGUUUUGACGAGACUUUGGUGGAGCCAAUUUUAAUCGCCAUAAGUGUUCAACUUGACACGAGCCUUGCUAUUGCUGGAGGAGUGACUCGGGGUCUGCGGUGUCCAAGAUUUUUUUUCAGAUGAUCUGCAAUGUCCGCGCUUUAUUUCUGAAUUUGCAAGCAGUAAUUGUGAGGACCUCUGAAUGUGGGGUCUGGUUAAGGCAUUUCUAAUGUGUUCUUGUUACAACAUCAUGUAACACGCAGUUCUUGUGUUGGCCGAAUGAACUGGAAUUUUAGACUUUUUUUAUACCCCAAUUCAUUCAAUCUGGGCAUUUACGUUAA